CGGGCAGGGGCCGGUCCGAGCGGAGAGCUCCAGUUCCGGGGCGGGAGGGACGGGAAGGACCGGGCCGGUCCCGGUGUGCGGCGGCCGAAGCGGGGCUCUCCUGCCCCGCUGUCGCCCUUCCUCAGCCCGGAGCCGCAGCCUCUCCCUGCGCUCCGUCUCUCCCGGUGCGGGGAUGGAGCUGGCGGGCGGCAGCACCAUCUCGCUGUGGACGGUGGUGGCGGCCGUGCAGGCGCUGGAGCGCAGCGUGGCCGCACACGCGUCCCGCCUCUUCAGCCUGGAGCACCGCGCCGGGAACAGCGAGAAGAAGCACCUGGACUGCGAGAAGAUGGUCGGGGAGUUCCGGAACCAGCUGGAGAGCAAGUGCGCGGCGCUGGGCACCCUCGUCCAGGAGUACGGGCGGCUCCAGCGGCGCCUGGAGAACAUGGAGAACCUGCUGAAGAACAGGAAUCUCUGGAUCCUGCGGCUGCCCCCAGGGGUGGAGGUCCCCAAGGCCCCAGCUGUGGCGUUGGAAAACAAUGCCACUGGCUUUUCCACUCAGGAGUGGGAGAACUUGGAGGAGUGGCAGAGGGAGCUGUAUGGAAAGGUGCUGACAGGGAAGAGAGAAGCCCUGGUCCUGCUGGACGAUGUCAUCUCCGAACCUGCCCUCCUGUCCCGGCUCCAAGGAGGAGAAGCGCCCUGCAGUGAAGAGGAGCCAGCUCCUGGAGAGAUCCCAGCAGAACCAGAGGCUCUGCUGUUUGAACUCGAUGUGAGCAGCUGGGACAGCAGAGAAGCGCAGGAAAACCAGGAGGGAAGAGCAGGGCUGGCUGAACCUGGCCAUGCAGACUGCAGCAUUCCAGAGCCAAGCUCUGCGGUCACCGUGAAGCAGGAAGAGGAGGAAGAGCCCUAUGCAAAGGAGCAGGGAACUAUGGAGGGCAUGGAGUUUUCGGAGCUUGGUGUGGGGCCGGACACCGCUGGACACAACGCCCAGGCCCCGGCAGAGGGUGGGAACCAGCCGAGUGCCCAGAGCUGUGAGGACCGCGACAGGAAAGGGAAUCCUGCAGAGACCGGCACCGAAGACAGCACAAUCCCAAUUAAGCAAGAGUUGUGCACUGCAGGUCGGGAGGAGGAGGAGGCUGCAGAAGCUCCUGGAGAGCCCUGCCCAGCAGAGCGAGGAUUUUACAAUCCUGAGGCAUCCAGUCAGACCAGGAAAGGCAGCGAGGUGGAUGCCAGGGAGCUGCCAGGCACAGAGGGCGAGGACCUUCCAAGAGAUCCUGACACAGGAUUUCAGACUUAUGCAACGGAUAUUUCAUUGUGGAUUAAACAAGAGGAGGAGCCACCCUGCCCUGCACAACAGGACCUGGAGAAAGAGGAAAUCUCUACAGUUCCAAGUACAGAUGAAAAUUUGAAGAGGGACCAUCCAGCAGACUGCUUUGAGAACAAGACCUGUGGCUUAGAGAUACCAGGAAGGCCAGGAGAGGGGUUUCCCAAAGAUCCCAGCCAUGGAGUGCCAUGGGACAGUCAGUGGAAUUCAGAAAUGAUGGAAACAACCACCACCGCGAAUGGGAACGGCCUUGGAGGGGAUGCUCAGUACGAGUUCUUUAGUGCUCAGGAAAGGAGCCUUGAAAAGCAGCCCUGUGUGUACAAGUGUGAGAGAAACUCCCCACAGCAGGGCCAGCCUCAGGCACCGCAGGGAGAAGGGGAGAUGUUUCCAGGCCCCACGUGUCAGAGGGUGUUCCCUCUGCUGCACCCACACCCGGGAGAGAAAGGAAGGGGCCCUGGAGCUGCUCCUGCCUCCUGCGAGGGGCCGGGGCCCCGCUCCGAGUGUGGAGAGACUCCCCCGGGCACAGGCAGGCCCCGUGACCAGGACAGCCUGGGCACAGAGGAAGCUGCUGAAAACGAGGAGAGCUUCCCCACGGACACAUCGGGAGCCAGCCCCUGCUGGGAUCCACCCCCGGCCCGGGGCAGCCCUGCCCAGCAGCAGAGCCAGGGCCGGGGCAAGUCCUACAUUUGCAGCGACUGUGGGAAAAACUUUGUUUGCCACUCCUGGCUCGUUAGGCACCAGACAAGUCACACGGGAGAGAGGCCCUACAAGUGCUCCAAGUGUGACAAAACCUACAGGAGGAAGGAUUACCUCCUGAACCACCAGCGCCGACACACGGGAGAGAGGCUUUUCCAGUGUCCUCUCUGCAGCAAAAGGUUUGUGCUCAAGAGGAGCCUGCUGAAGCAUCAGGAAGGUCACAUGCAGGACACACACGUGCCGCUGGUCAGCUGGCCCUGCGGGAACAUCAGGGGCUCCGUGAUGCAUUCCAUAUAGGACAUCACCCACGGCCCCCUCGGGGUCCCCUCGCUGGGCCAGGGCAGCUCUGUGCCAGACCCUGAGGGCAGGAGAAGGCUGUGGAACAGCCAUCCCGAGCCCCUCCCAGGAAAAGGGAGGUGGCUGGGGGUUGUUUUCCCAUUCACCAGUGCCUGUGGAUUUGGGGAGGUGUUGGAGGUACUGCUGGCUGUGAAUCCAUGUGGGAGAGAAACCGCGUUGACAUGGAACAGUUUGUGAUGUUUGUUACAAAGAAGAAUUGUCUGAAUAGAGAGAAAUUAUCUGAAAUGUUA